UCCCAUUUUUCUUUCCCUUGUCUCUGCUGUCAUAUCCUGCUUAAUGACGUGCCCAGUGUUGACUUGGAAGGUUUCAAUAUUGCCUCAAGAAAUAACGACCAUUUUCGGUCAAGCGAGAUGUCGUCAUGUUGACAGUUGCCACCCUGAAGGGCGCAGAUUUAUGUAUGGAUUUGGGAAGGGAAGAUGAAAACCUGAAGUUGGUGGUUUCUGUGGUGCCAUGGGGCAGGAUUUCUCCCAGUCCACCACUCGUUUUUUCUUCCAUGAGCUGGUUUUCCUCCGGCUUUGCCUUUAGACCUUGGGCCAUGCUGAAGUACCAUUUCAAUGGAAUUAUUAUUAGUGUUAAUAUCUGAGAUUUGAGGGGGCUUCUAUUUGUGGGGUAGGGAAGUGAAGGAGGAUGAAGAGGAGAAGGAACACUGCUUCAGAAUUAUGGGAGGAAUCCUCAUGUCCAACUUGGCCUAAUGGACAGAAUUCCUAUAAUUAUUACUUUUAAUCAGCCAGUUCUUAAACUAAAUUAUCUGACAUUUCUAAAAGGGGAUGGAAAGACCUUUUUCACUCUGCUUGAGUGAUUCUUAAACCAGAUUCUUCAAAGCAGGGGGAGCCUGCAGAGGGAACUAAGGCAGCUUCCAGCUCUCCUCUUCAUCACUCAAUAAUGUAUGAAAAAUGCUUUAAUUUGGGUAAUACAAGGCGCCCAUCCUGGUUAUUUCUUUGUAUCACCUGGAAGAGUCUUUACCAAUGUGAGCUAUAGAUGGUGGAGGGUUUUCAGUUGAUACAUGGAGUAGAAAAAGCAUCUAAAAACUUUGAGAAUGAUGCUUUGCCUUCCUCUUCCAAAGGGGGAAGACGUGUGAAUGCAAUUUCUCAAUGUCUCUGAACAUUUCCUUUCCUUCCUUCUUGUCUAUCUUUUAGCUUUUUGUUUUUGUGCUUCUGCAGUCCUGUGAGUAUUUGUUUCAGGUAAAAGGAUGUUAUUGCCCACAAAACUGCACCUGGGGGGUUUCUUGCUCUUUUUGCAUGCAGUGUGAAGAUCAAAAGCUGCCGUUGUCUUCUUGGGAUCCUGAGAAGCAGAAUGACCUGGAGCUCUGACAAACCGGAUUUUUUCAAGGAGGUCUCUUCCCCAGCCUACUUAAAAGAUCCUGUUUGUAGCACAGUGUCAAACCCGUUUUUUGAGCCCAUCCUAAAGGAGAUGAACAGUGACUCAAGGGAGAAACAAGAAGAGUGGAAUUGAGCGCUGGACACCGGCGUUGCCGCUGAAGAAAGCAUUCAUGCCAAUGCGUCUUCUGCCUCUUCUCUCUCUUCCUCUCUGUGUUUCUUGCUGCCUCCCUCGCUCUCUCUCUCUGAGCUGCUCCCCUUCCUCUUGCCCAAAAAUUAGAGGUAUCCCCUUGCUUUGACAGGUGAAGGAGCAUGCCUCUUUGGGGGUUUCCUCUGCCCUUUGAUGCCUCCUUGCAGUGCUAGUUAGUUUGAGCAGAGCGUUGCAGGCUGUAUGUACCGAGUAGUUCAGACGACGGGACCAGAUGGAAAAAACCUUCUGAAAUUACUUCCAAUUCCUAUAGCUUCUGGAAGCUUUGUGCCAAUAGUUCAGUCUUCAACCAUGGCAAAUAAUUCUAAAGCGAGUGUUUCUAGUCCAGUCCAUCUUACUUUUAAGACACAGCUUGGCAAUACCACCGCGCCUUCAUCUGUUAAGAUACCCGUUUUUCAGUCUCCUAACCCUGGAAAGAUUAUUCUUGCAAGGACAUUAGACAAACAGGAAAGUCUUAGGGCAGGUUCUGAAAAAGAAAGCCUAACUCCAAAUUCAGGUGCUAACAGCCAGAGCAGUUGUGUUUCAGUGGACAAACUGUCUUUACAGAACAUUGCUGUCACCAGUUCAUCCAACCAGAGCAACACAGCAUACAUGGUGCUCAACACAAAAACGCUGCCAGUUGCUGUGAAGACUUCAAGCGUGCCUUCUGGCCACCACCUCCAGAUCCCAGCUGAUGCAGAAGUGAAAUCUGUCCCAGCUUCUUUUUUACCACCUGCAGUACAGCAAAAAAUCCUUACGACGACAGCGACAGAAGCGUCUGGAGAGGAUGACGGUGCAAAAACGCCAACUGUUAUUUACGUGUCGCCAGUGAAAACAGUGAAAACAGCCCUCACGAGCUUACGAGCCAUUUGCCCAAAACCUGCCCCGGAAGUUUCACAAACGUUGAUAAUGACAACUACACAAAAGGGAAGUAGCCCUGCUCCUGGGACAGUAACAUCUGAUGGUCAGCAGUGCCAGCAAUGUCCGAUGAAAUGGGUCGUGCAAGAAGGUCCACAGUCGUCGACACCUUGCCGGAUCCCCGUGAAGUCAUCCAAUAACGUGGCUUCCAAGAUCCUGAAGACUUUGUCAGACAUGAAGAAUGCAGAAGCGAACUCUGUGAAUAUUUUAUCACUGUGUUCUAGCAGUCCUGGUGGAAGCCAAACAAAAAUCCUGCCUAUUAAAGAUAAUGCUCUGGUCAUGUACAAUGGGAAAGUCUAUUUGUUGACCAAAAGAAGCUCUGAUGUUCUAUCGGGCCAAGCUGACAACCAGCCAUCUUCCUCUUCUGAUGUUUCAGUGAGAACGGAGACAUCCACACUAAUUGAUUCUACUGCAGUCAGCAAAAUAACCAGUGAAGUAGUGAAUCUGAUGUUGUCCAAAACCAGUGGGAUGGUGCUGUCUCAGAAAGAUCCAAACCCGUCUCCAGACUCCCCUUCCCCAACUGGCUUAAGAAGCGAUGUAAGAUCUGCACCUGCAGCUCCGGUGACACCAAGUGCUAACCAGCAGGAUUCCACUGUAAACCACAGAAAGAAUUUGCUCUUCAACACGAGCAUUUCAAGUGGAGUGACCCCCGUUACGGCAGAUGGGGCACAGGAAAACGUGUGCCCCAAUGGCAAAGGAAAGACCCAUUCCCCCAAAGCAGCAAGGGCUGUUUUGCCUCAGGCUAAGCAAGAGGGUGCUUUCAGUGAGGACUGUCAAAAGAUGCAAUGUGGAAAGAUGGAUUCACCAAGAAAGCUUAUUCAAAUCAAACAGCAAGAAAAGCCACAUUGGAAACAAUACUUGGAAUUAAGGAAAAAAUUUGGACUCUCUAAGGAGGAGAGAGUUUACCUUAAGAGAAUACCAUUAAGGAGCUCCUGUGAGGAACUAGAAGAAAGGGUUUGCUCCAGUAACAGCUUGAAAAGGAAAAGUGAUUCUGUUGAUUCAUCAUUGGUAGAUGUGGAAACAACGAAUCAACACCAGGAAUGUGUGAAUGAGGAAAAGAAAACUGUGGAUCCAGAAGAGGAUCUGGCUAAGAAAAGAAAGGUAAAAUCCUCAGCGGCGUCAAACACUGGAAAGAAAAGGAAAACUUCAGUCAAAUCAGCCACAGGUCCAAGUUCAGAGAACACCAGCUCCAGUUCCAGUGUCCAUAGCAGAAGUCCUUCACCUCUGCCGGUCUUACUGCAGCAAAGUAUCUCCACAGACUUCACUGUGUCAUCUCUGGGCAGGGACUCUGAGCAAGACCUGGACUCUCAAUAUAGUGACAUUCCAUACCCAAGUAUCCCAGUUUUAGUGUCUUCUGAAGAUGCCCCUUCAAUUCUGGAAGGGUCUUUCAGAAAUGAUGCUUUCCCUUUGACUCCUCCAGACUUGGAUGAAACCAUCCGGGAUGAAAGAAUCGCACGACUCAAACAGCAGUUAAGGGCACGGGAAGCGGCGCUGGAGGAGAUGCGCAGGAAGAUGCAGCAGAGCUGAACUGCAGCUCGUCAGCAGGCCCAUGCUCAGCUGCAUUGCAGUGACUUCAAGAAGGAAUUCCGUGUUUAAACAAGGAACGUUUCUGGUAGAUGGAAGAUGUGAACAAAAUAGGCACAGGAUAAAAUACACAGGAUGUGUACGUAAAAAAAGGACAGGGUUCUUAAUACCAGAAAUAAAAGACUUGGACCAUCAAAUUCUGCUUCUGGAGCAUCACAUGUAUCAAAGAAUGCAGAAGAUGGGCAUUUUUUGUUAGUGCAUUCUCUAUAUUUUGAAUGGAGGGGUUUCUCUAUUAGUCCUAGCGAAUAAACCUUCCCACUUCGG